AUGGGUUAUUUCCACGAGACAGUGUGUGAGUUAACACUGUGUAUUGAUUUGUAUUUUGUAUUCAGAUAUUUUUUAUUAUUUUUAGGUUGGUUGGUAGAGGUCAAAACCAUUCCACAACCUCACAUAGCCUGUCAAACUCUGGAUACCAUAUUCAAAAAAAAACUUAACAUUGCAUGCAAUUCGGAUGGUCUACUGUACAUAAAUCAACUGACUUUAAACGAUUUAGGCCAACAGUCCAAUUCGAAAGCAGACAAUGAAAGCGAGUGUCAGAGAACAUCCGAUUCAUCUUGCUUCCGUUCUAUUCCGUCGGACAUUCCUUGGAAUUACACAUUUUAUCGUAAAGUAUCAAAAAUAUGUAAUGGAAAUCACAACUGCAAUUUAGAAUGGCGUGAUUUUGUUUCCUAUGUAACUCAAUUUCGAGACCAGUUUACAUGCAGCAACAGGGGUCCUUUAUAUUAUACAAGAAUUGGAUGUUUUUUUGAAUGUUUUCCAACUAAAGGACAAGUUUUUGUCGCAAAAAAUAUUACCGAAACCCGUGAUGGGUCUCUGUAUCUGAGGUCAAAUGAAACAGGACGAUGUCUCAUCAGGGGAUCCAUUGAAUCAGCCAGAAUUCUGGAACAGGUCAAUAUGAAAUUAACUGUCCAUGAUAGAAAAUCCAGCCUCUGUACAGAGGUACUUACCAAUGGAUCAUUCAACUACAACAAAGACCUGUCGUGUUUAUGGGGUCUCGAUGUGUUCCUUCUGGAUAUUCAGACAAUGGAUACUUGGCCGAGUAAAUUGUGGAUGGAAUUUAAAGGGACUUUGAUGCAACUGGACUGUGGGAACAACAUUCAAUUUCCAUCCGCCGCACGCGAAGUUCAAGACUCAGAACAGAAUGGUAAUUCUACAUUACUUCCGAUAAUAACUGGACUUUUUGCUGGACUCCUGCUUUUGUUAGCCCUGAUUCUGGUUGUACUCAAAAGAAAGCAAGCUUUAACGAUAAAAACCGAGGAAAAGCAUCGUACUAUAAACACAACAACCACGCUUGAAGGAGAUGAAGAUUGUACAUAUUACAACAAUGAGGUCGAUAAACCUCGAAAUGACGUCAACGACGUACAAGGGACAUCGUCUUCAUUUAACGACUCUCUCUAUAACACGCUAGACACAGGUGGUAAUUACUCGCAAAUAAAUCUUAAAAAGAACACUUCAGAAUCUGUGGGACGCAAUGGAGAACAUAAUGUAAAGAACGGAGCAGAUGAUACUGAGAAGUCACGGGAUGAGUCAGGUGAUACAAAUAACGUUACUCCCAGGUCAAGUAACACAACAGAGAGCAAACCCAACACAAUCAUCGGUGAGGUGACGGGAGAUGUCUACGCCGCUGUGUGUAAAACAGACGAUCUGAAAAGCAUGCGUAUUACCGGACCGAAAGAAGUCAUCUAUACAACGGUUUCUAUGGCUUCAAAUAUAGAAUAA